GUUGGUAAAGUAGGGAGUUCCUGUUUGCUAAACUGUAUCCCUAUCCUUUGAGCAAAUCCAGCAUACCGAGAGGAAGGAAAGCUGCCUUUACCGACGAGCAAGCUGAAGUCAAGGGAGGACAGCUGUCCUGCGGAGGCCCAUCAGGCAUGGGUGCCUUCUCCCACCCCUGCAGGAGCACAGGCGAUAGAGUGACUGCCCCUUCCAGAAACUGGUAAGACCGUCGCGGGGACGCCUGUGCCAGGAGAGGAGGGCGGCGUCCCAGCUCACAGAGCCAUGCCCUUCGGUCUGAAGCUCCGCCGGACCCGGCGCUACAACGUCCUCAGCAAGAACUGCUUCGUCACACGGAUCCGCCUGCUGGACAGCAGCGUCAUUGAGUGCACGCUGUCCGUGGAAAGCACUGGGCAAGAGUGCCUGGAGGCUGUGGCCCAGAGGCUGGAGCUGCGGGAGACGCACUACUUUGGCCUUUGGUUUCUCAGCAAGAGCCAGCAAGCGAGAUGGGUGGAGCUGGAGAAACCGCUGAAGAAACAUCUGGACAAAUUUGCUAACGAGCCUCUGCUGUUCUUCGGAGUCAUGUUCUAUGUACCGAAUGUGUUAUGGCUUCAGCAAGAGGCCACGAGGUAUCAAUAUUACCUGCAAGUCAAGAAAGAUGUGCUUGAAGGUCGGUUACGGUGUACGUUGGAUCAGGUGAUCCGACUGGCUGGCUUGGCCGUGCAAGCUGAUUUUGGAGAUUAUAACCAGUUUGAUUCUCAAGAAUUUCUCCGGGAGUAUGUGCUAUUUCCUAUGGAUCUGGCCCUGGAGGAGGCUGUUCUGGACGAGCUGACCCAGAAAGUGGCAAAGGAACACAAGGCCCGCAGUGGGAUCCUGCCUGCGGAAGCUGAGCUGAUGUACGUGCAUGAAGUGGAACACUUGGAUGGGUUCGGACAGGAAGUCUUCCCAGUGAAGGACAAUCAAGGGAACAGCGUGCACCUUGGCAUUUUCUUCAUGGGGAUCUUUGUGAGGAACAGAAUUGGAAGACAAGCAGUAAUAUACAGGUGGAAUGACGUCGGCAGCGUGACCCACAGCAAGGCCGCCAUCCUGGUGGAGCUCGUGGACAAGGAGGAGACCGCCCUCUUUCACACGGAUGACAUUGAAAAUGCCAAAUAUAUUUCUCGGUUAUUUACUACGCGGCACAAAUUUUAUAAGCAAAACAAAAUCUGCACCGAACAGUCAAACUCUCCACCCCCUACUAGACGACAGCCCACCUGGAGCCGCUCCUCGCUGCCCAGGCAGCAGCCACACAUCCUGCCCCCGGUGCACGUGCAGCGCGGCGACCUCUACUCGGAAACGCACACCUCGCAAGACAGCAUCUUCCAUGGGAAUGACGAAGCCCUGUGUUGCAAUUCUCACAACAGCCUGGACUUAAACUUCUUAAACGGCACCAUCACCAAUGGCAGUGUGUGCAGCGUGCAUAGUGUCAACUCCCUCAGCUGCUCACAGAGUUUCAUCCAGGCUUCUCCCGUGUCCUCCAACCUCAGCAUCCCGGGGAGCGACAUCAUGCGCCCCGACUACAUCCCUAGCCACCGGCACAGCGCCAUCAUUGUGCCGUCCUACAGGCCGACCCCCGAUUAUGAGACGGUUGUGCGGCAGAUGAAGCGGGGCCUCCUGCGCGCCGACAGCCAGAGCCAGUCCCUGCGGAACCUCAGCACCAUCAGCGCCCACGCCUACCACCAGCCCGAGGAGCUGGUCUACAGCCAGCCGGAGAUGCGGGAGCGGCACCCCUACACGGGCCCGUACGCUCCACAGGGUGGCUACGGCCACAAACUUGUCGGCCCAUCUGACCAGAUCAAUGCCAAAAGUAGCACGGUGCCCAGUAAGCCAGGUGCCAGCGCCAUCUCACACACGGUGAGCACCCCGGAACUGGCCAACAUGCAGCUCCAAGGCACCCACAACUACAGCGCGGCCCACAUGCUCAGGAACUAUUUCUUCAGGCCGCCGCCCCCCUACCCACGACCCCGCCCUGCCACCAGCACUCCAGAUCUCGCCAGCCACCGCCACAAGUACGUCAGUGGCAGCAGCCCGGACCUGGUGACCCGCAAGGUGCAGCUGUCUGUGAAGACGUUCCAAGAGGACAGCUCUCCGGUGGUGCACCAGUCUCUGCAGGAAGUGAGCGAGCCCCUCUCGGCCACCAAGCACCACGGUGCUAUGAACAAGCGCCACAGCUUGGAGGUGAUGAACAGUAUGGUGCGUGGCAUGGAGGCCAUGACCCUCAAGUCCCUGAACAUCCCCAUGGCCCGCCGCAGCGCUCUCCGGGAGCAGGGGCCGCCCGAGGAGGCCACUGGGGGACACGAGGGACAUGGUCUCCCUCAGUACCACCACAAGAAGACAUUCUCGGAUGCCACCAUGCUGAUCCAUAGCAGCGAGAGUGAGGAGGAGGAGGAGGAGGAGGCGGCCGCAGAGGCUGUGCCCCGGGUACCGGGCCUGAGGGAGAGUAUGGAGUACAGUGCCCAGCUGCAGGCCGCCCUGGCCCGGAUUCCCAACAGGCCACCGCCUGAGUACCCAGGGCCGAGGAAAAGUGUCAGCAAUGGGGCGCUGCGGCAAGACCAGGAUGCCCUCCCUCUUGCCGCGGCCAGGGCCAGGGCGCCAAGGCACGGGCCGGCCAAGGCCCUCAGCGUCUCUCGGACCGAGCAGCUGGCCGUCAACGGGGCAGCUCUGGGUCCGUCCAUCUCCGAGCCCGACCUGAGCAGCGUGAAGGAGCGGGUCAAGAAAGAGCCCGUGAAGGAGCGGCCUGCGUCAGAGAUGUUCUCCCUGGAGGACAGCAUUAUAGAGAGGGAGAUGUUGAUUAGGAAUCUAGAGAAGCAGAAGACGGUGGGCCUGGAGGCACAAAGGAGACCGCUCAUGUUGGCCGCCUUGAAUGGACUCUCUGUGGCCCGAGUCUCAGGGCGGGAAGAUGGACGACAUGAUGCCACCCGAGUUCCCGUGGACGAGAGGUUCAGAUCCCUGAAGAAGAAGCUAGAGGAAGGAAUGGUGUUCACCGAGUAUGAGCAGAUUCCAAAGAAAAAGGCCAAUGGCAUUUUCAGCACUGCGGCUCUGCCGGAGAACGCGGAGCGCAGCCGGAUCCGCGAGGUUGUCCCUUACGAGGAGAACCGAGUGGAACUGAUCCCAACCAAAGAAAACAACACGGGCUACAUCAACGCCUCCCACAUCAAGGUGGUGGUAGGCGGGGCAGAAUGGCACUACAUCGCGACUCAGGGGCCCCUGGCACACACGUGCCAUGACUUCUGGCAGAUGGUGUGGGAGCAGGGCGCGAACGUGAUCGCGAUGGUCACUGCCGAGGAGGAAGGCGGACGGACCAAAAGCCACCGAUACUGGCCCAAACUGGGGUCCAAACACAGCUCAGCUACCUAUGGCAAAUUCAAGGUCACCACAAAGUUCCGGACAGAUUCUGGAUGCUAUGCAACCACAGGCUUGAAGGUCAAGCACCUCUUGUCGGGGCAGGAAAGGACCGUAUGGCAUUUGCAGUACACUGACUGGCCCGAUCAUGGCUGCCCAGAGGAUGUCCAAGGGUUCCUGUCCUACUUGGAGGAGAUCCAGUCGGUCCGGCGCCACACCAACAGCAUGCUGGAAGGCACCAAGAGCCGGCACCCGCCCAUCGUGGUCCACUGCAGCGCGGGGGUGGGAAGGACUGGUGUGGUCAUUCUCUCCGAGCUCAUGAUCUACUGUCUGGAGCAUAAUGAGAAGGUGGAAGUGCCCACGAUGCUGAGGCUCCUCAGGGAGCAGAGGAUGUUUAUGAUCCAGACCAUCACGCAGUACAAGUUUGUCUACCAAGUCCUCCUCCAGUUCCUCCAGAGCUCCAGACUCAUCUAAUCUCCCGGAUCCAGCUCCAUCAUGCAGGUGGCAGCGUCGUCACCCACGGACAACGUCUGCUCCCCAGCGGGGGCGGAUGGCUGACAGCGGACAGGAGCCAGAGUUCCAAGCAUUAUGUAUUAUUUUAUAUGAGAUAAUUUAUUUUUUUUCCUCUUUGGAAUAACUUUUGUGAAUAUUAUAAUGCAGUUUUCACAAUAAUACAGUUCUUUUUGUUUGAACCACAUGUUGACUGAUCUGCAAGUUAAGCCAUCAGUAGGAAGGUUGUCUGUGAGACGUUGUGGGGAUAGAGAGAACGCAGAAGGGCCAUCUCUAGUGAAGUUGCAGCCAGCCUGGUCAUGCACCCUGAAACUCAUCAGCUUGUGAGUUUCUAGUCAAAAAUGGCAAGAAAAAGAAUUCAUCUUGAAAUAUAAGGAACAGAGCUGAAGCCCUUUCCUUGAAGGAGAAAAUGCUCUUCUCCGACAUCGUGGCUUCAUGAGCCUUGCUGCGUAGUCGCUUUCCUCUCCCCUUUGUCUGCCCUCACUCUCGGUGAUUUCUCCUGCUCCCCUCUCCUGGAGCCCUUGUUAGAGCUGCCGGCCGUGGUGGCACCUUUAGGUCUGUGCCGGUCUCUGCUACGUCUUCCUGUGUUUCUCCCAGACCCCAGGCUGCUGGCGGUGAGGCCCUGGUGCAGCCCUCUCUCUGUCCAGCUCUGCUGCUUGCCCGGUGAAGGUAGAAUAACCGGGGUGGAAAGGGAAUGAUGGAGGAGGGCGAUAACAGUUCUGUGGAGAUGUGUGGAAUGUAAUGUCAUGGAUGGGGACCUGUAGACGAGGCUUCUGCCCACCAGUGAGUCAUUAGAAAGGUUAUAAAGGCGUCACUGGGCCCUGGCCCUGGCCACUGUGUGUCCCCGCUGUGCUGUUUAUCCGCAGGCUUUGGCUGCCGACAGCAGAGUUGACCACUUAGGGCCUCUUGUUUUGUUUUCUGGCCUCAAACUUGAUAUGUAGCCAAGGAGGACCUUGAACUUUCGCUCCUUCACUUCCCAAGUGCUGGGCUUAUAGGUGAGUGUGUCUGCCACCCCUGCCACGCUGGCCACUGUCCUCUUGAUGAACAAAGGCAGAAAAUGCCUUUUGCGGAUCCCCCACCCACCACCGUUUUCCUUCUUUUCUCUACAUAACUAACUCACCCACUGCUCAGUUACUUGUAAACUAGCCUCACUUUGAAGCUAAGUUUCCUAUAUCUAGUUUUCCUGAGUAGGAAUUUUAAUUUAGAAAAAUUUUUUAUUUUACCUAUUUGUGUAUGAGAAACAAAGAUUGAGAGACAGAGAGAGAGAAUGUGAUGAAUAAGUGAAUAUGCACACACCAGGGCCUCCUGUCACUACAAACGAGCUCCAGAUGCAUGCGCCACUUUGUGUAUCUGGCUUUGCAUGUGUCUUGGGAAAUUGAGCCUGGGCUGGGAGGCUUUGCAAGCAAGCGCCUUUAACCACUGAGCCAUCCCCAAGCCCCCGAGGGUAACUUCUCGAUUGUGGUUUUGUUGAACUGACCAUGCAGGCCGUCCAAGUCUUUACUGCUGUGUGUAUGUUGAUUUUUCUCUAAGCUGAGACAACAGAGUGGCAUCGUACCAACCAGAAGGAGAGUGCCUGGGUGACUUCUUCUCCCCUCAUGCUGGCUCCUAGGUGCCCGUGGAAGCGGGUUCUCCGGAGGCCCCUGUGGGAGAUGGUCAGCCUGCUUCCUCUCUGGCAGUGCUGGUGCGGGGGGGGGGGGGUCAUGCGAGGACUGCAUAAGUGGACUCUGUCCCACGAUGGAGAGCUCCCCUCCCCCGCCAGGGUCUGAAACUGCAACUGAGCUUUGUCGUAGGUUCGGACCCGGCUUCUUCUGAGGAGCCGAGAAUCUCAUCACUGGGGGAGGCAGAGCGGCCUUCCUUUUCCCGGAGGCUUUUGUCUUCGGGACAUUUGAGUCGUUGGUUCUGUCUACGGGUCUACCGUGUGAUGAAGGACGUCAGCGCUUGCCUUUUGUCUCUAUGUCUCUGUGUGGGAGAAUGUCUGCUGUGGGCACCAAUACAUCUGAGGUCUUUUUGAGUUCAUCUCUCACAGGCCUCCUUUUAUGCAUGCACUGUUCCUACCUAUGCCAGCAAAAUCGUCAUACAUCCACGCACAAGGUGGAAGUAGGUUUAAUAUCCAACUUCCUAGCCAAUGUUUGUAUUGAAGCCCCGAGGAAAACAUUUCUAAGCCGCCCCCCCCCCCCCCCGCCAGCAUUUCAUUUUAAACACCACUGCUUUUGGUUCCUGAGCAUGUUUCAUAUCACUUUCCCAUCUCCAAAGCUGCCCACGACCUCCUAGUAAACUGUCAGCAGCCAUUCAAAGUCCUUCCAGUGGCAUCUGCAUAGUAAUUGCCCAGAGAUGCUUUAUCCCCGGGAAGCGCGCCAAGGAAUAAACCUUGAAGCACAGUGUAUUAAAUUAGUUAUCUAGUUAGAGCCUUUGGAGCAGCUUCCUGACCAUGGAUCAAGUCUGAAGCUGGAGCCGUCACGACGUAUUGCCACAGUUUGGAUAUGAAGUGGGAGAAAAUUAAAAGUGGAGGAAAGAAAAGAUCCUAUGCCACUGCAAAGCAGUUGGCCAUUUCUUGGCCCGGGUUCGAAGUAUUCCCGUUGUAAUGCCUUCUUCCAUUGUGCUCAUUUGCAUAUGGGGCCCUAAAGCUUGGUCCUUGCUCUCUGUGGCCUGAGUCCUGGCUGCUGAAUAUGAGCUCUUCGCUCUGGCGGUAGGACAGGUCGGGUGCGGUUACUGGCAAGGCCAAGGUGUGCCCCACUGAGCUGUUUGGUCUCUGAGGAGAUCCCGCUUUGGAGCAGGACCCCCGGCGCGUGCACAGGUGGUCCUCACAGCUGCGCCUGGGCAUCCCCUGGAUAGAAAGUAGAGGAGGCCUUGAGACAGGGCUGUCAAACCUUGAUUGAUUUAUAAGAGUGAAGACAAAUGAGUCCCUGUCCUCAUCUGGAAGGGAGCCACAUGAUCAGGGAAGGUGAGCUGUCGCGCAUAGAAUAUGUAUUGAGUGAUGAGCUUUCAAUUUAAUCAGCUAGCGCCGAGAGAAUUUAGUGUCCUCUGUGGUUAUGGAUUGAGAAAGAGAAUUAUGCUUUGGGUACAAAUCUGUCAUCGUUUUCCUGAGUCUCAGACUAUCUCUGGCCUCCUCAGCCGGCCUGGACAGGGGGUGUAGUAGACUUCUAGGGGGUCCUAUGGGGCUAAACCACCACCUCCUGUACAGCCUUUCUCCUACCUGGCUUGUUUUCCCUUCAGUUAAUAAACUCCACUGUAUAGAGGAGGUCAGCAUUUCUUAAGCAGCUAAGCACUUUUCUAACUUAAUAUAAAUUAGUCCAUGCUGAAUUUCUAGUCAUUGAGGAUGUCGUUUAUGAAUACAGAAGCCUAUAUAACCGACUGAUGCCCUCAAUCUGUUUCUUCCCCUUGCAGUAUAGAUCCCAACAUGGUGUGUCUUUUCUCCAAGUAAGGGCUAGUGGGUACAAGUGGGCAGCGGGCAACUGGUUCCUUGUGACCCUGGCUUGCCCUGCUAGGCGAGUGGCCAUCUCGCGGCACAGGUCACAGUGCACCAUUCAUGGGGCUAGGCUGGGCUGGCAGUGGACAUACUGCUGGGGGAUUUUCAGUUGUCCCUUCUUGAUGGGGUAGCUUGUUGGUCCACGCCAGCUGACCUCAGCCCAGGCAUUCUCUGUGGAUCCCAAAGUUGUCCUCGGCUAACAUGCUGAGUGUGCCCUCUUCCCGCUUCCCCUUCCAGACUGACGGGGAAAGCAAGGUCAGUUACUGAUUUCCAUUUGUCGAUGAUGAGCCGAUCACUUGAGGGGGGGUGGGCAAGAAAGCGGAGCCGUUCUGGAGUAAACUCUCGGAGCACAGUUGCCCAGACCGUGUUGCUGCUGGUUUACUCUUCAUCUCUCCUCAGUGCCAGGAGUGGCUCCGCUGGGCUCCUCAGCACAAGACAUCCCCUGACAUGGCAAGUCAUGGCUGUGGCUCUUCAGGGGCCCUUUGGUGCCCCCCACGGUUGUUCUGUUGUCUCCUGCGGUUUUCAUCUAGUGGCUUCCGGUGAGGUGAGGAGGCGUGGUCUUCCGUGGGAGCUGAGCAUUCUCCAGCGGCCUGCAUGUUGGCAGGUGACCACGGACUUGCUGGCUCUGUAGGAUGGCAUGCAUCUCAGUGGAUCUCUGUAGGAUGGCAUGAAUCUUGGUGGAUCUCUGAGCAAGGCAGCAGAGUGCUUUUGUCUUCACCUAAGCCCCUAAGUCCUCGAGGGGCAAAACAUCGUAAGUCAGUUGGUGCAUCUGUUGGAAGUGGCCGCAGUGUGCUUGGCAGAGUGUGAGGGUGUGCCCAAAGACAGCAGCUUCGGUGUGUCCGGUCAGUGCCCGUGCUGCCCCCGCCCUCUCAGCUUUUGCAUUCUCAUUGUAAACUUGGGUAGGUGAGUGUUUUUAUCUAGCGGACUACUUUACUCAUCUUUCUCAGCUUAACAUAGUGCAUUUUAUUUCUGAAGAAUUCCCUAUUAAUCUGAGGACCAGCCCUGGGAGCUCACGGACCAGAGAAGCUAGUGCUGCUUGGUGCCAUAAAGGAGUAGCGGUGGGUCAGCCUCUGCUGCUCAAUUUUGUUCAGGCUCCCCAUUUUAAAAAUAAAUUGAGGAGCCAGAUGUAGUGGUGCAUGCCUUUUCAUUGUAGCACUUGGGAGGCUGAGGUAGAAGGAUCGCUGUGAGUUUACAGCCAGCCUGAGACUACGAAGUGAAUUCUAGGCCAGCCUGGGCUGGAGUGAGACCCGAUCUUGAAAAACCAAAAACCAGUCAAUGUCAAUCAACUGAGGGACACUUAGUUACCAGGCAGGAGGGCCUGGAGCUCAUGGCGGGCUGAAGGGGACAAGCGAUCCUUGGAAAGUGACUCUUCCGUGCACUCUGCCAGCAGGAGCAGUCUUCCCGAAAAGUCCCAAAGCUUGUCCAAAGCAGAGCUGUGCACGGGGGAAUGGAGGGGACCAUAGACCAGUCUGGAGGUUUCCUCUGAUUCGCAGUAUUUUGAACCUUGCAGUGUAUCUCAUAUUCCCUGCCUCCCUUUCUGGGAUGUUGGAAUUAGAAACCAGUGGAGGACAUCUUGGGAAAGAAGUUUCUUGCAGUGUUGGGAUCUAGCUCUUCCUGGUUCCUGAGGGAGAGAGGGAGAGAGAGAGAGAGAGAGAGGUGCUUGGGAUGGACCCCAGGGCCUUGUGCGUGCAAGCCAGUGCUCCAGCACGGAGCUAAUCCCCGGGUCCUUGGGCUGCACUCUGAACGGCCCCUCUUAGCACAGGCAGCACUUGGUGACUGCUUGGCGUGUGUGCCUGUAGCAGCCUCGCCCUGCUAUGCACACCCCCCCCCAGCCCGAGAGCAGAGGGCUCUGCCCUGUGCCCACCCUUAGCUGUUCUUGCUGGUGCACCCUCGGUGCAAUCUUGUACAUUCUGCGCGCAAAAACUGGGAGGGAGGAAGUAGAUGCCUGUUGUGUUAGAAGCGCAGAUGGGACCAUUUUGUGAUGCCAUCAUCUUCCACAUAGGGCUUUGCUGAUCUUGGGUCAACUCUGGAGCGUGCUUUCCCCCAAGAUUACUACUUACACCUCUACUGAAUAUGCACACAGGAAUUCUAAUUUUUAUUUCCCAAAGACAGAAGUUUCUGCCACUCAGUACCAGGGAAGAGAAAGCUUGAUCUCAGUCCCCUGGGAACGGUGGUUGCAGUGGCUCUUGUUCUCACUGAGGGCACCCGCUGUGACGCGGAGGGGCAGCAUUUGCUGCGGUGGCAUGCACAGUCCGGCCCGUCCUGGCUUCUGGCUGGACUGUGUUCCUUUUAGCAGAGCUGCUCUGCAGACUGGCCUCCGGGGAAGGCAGGCACAUCUCUGGGCUGCCCAGGCACCCCAGAAGUGAGCUAUAAGAAGUUAUCUAGAAUAAGCUAUUCAUCUAACGCCUAUGUUAGCCAGUCUUUUUUCCCCAACCUCUUCUUUCAGGGAAACUAAUGCCACCUCAUGCGACAAAAAGUCUAGAGGAGAACACAGGCGCUGGAGCGGGACCUGCCAGUGCCUUAGGGCGGAACCUUUUGCUGACAUCUCAGGAAUGCUCCUUUAGGUUAGCCAUGUGACUCAGGGCACAGGCGUCUGGUGUUCUUGGCAUUUCUCACAGGCCUCCCUCGGCUGCAGCUAGCUAAUAAAUACCUUCAUCACUGAACUGAAAACUGUCCUCAGGAACCCUUUUAUUUCAAGUUGAACACUGUAAAGUUUUAUUGCAAGUCCCUUUGAAGUUUCUUGCCACUGUUGGGAUCCUCAAUGUUUUUAAGCUUGUCCCUUUCAGUCCCAGGUUGCCCUUCAUUAGAGAUGGUUUUCUGUGUGUGCCCUUCGUUCAGGUCAGCCAGUGCGCUUGGAGACACUCUUGAGUGGGGCUUGCCGCUGCAGACGACUGUUAGUGUUAGCCUGUGUGGUGCGUGUCCGUCAGCUAACGGGCGAGUCUGGUUUGUCUCACUGGACUGUUGUUAUUUCAGUAUUUUGAUGCUUUCUUUGUUCUGUCUUUUGUAACAUGUUGUGAAUUUUGGUAUUCUUUAAAAUAAUUGACAUUUAACAGAUUUUAUUUUGAAAGUGUACAGACAAGUCCCCAGCUGAGAAGCCAGUUUGCUUAGGGUUCUUGGGGGAGUCCCCGGACACCUACAGACUUCCAACAUGACUGUAAAUACUGGCAGCAUCAGGUCUGGGGGGCUUUUGUGGGCUAGUCUGUAAGAAAUGCAUUCCACGCUGGGCCUCGGACCCCGAGAACACGCUGUCCGCAGCUGCUCGGCGAGAUGGAAGCCGACUCUCUUUCCUGCUCCGCUGCAGUUGUGGUCUGGGAAGAGGGGCUGUGAUUCGAGGACAGGAGUGACACCAGCAGUCAUGCCAACUGCACUGCGCUCCCUGUCAAGUUAAUGCUAUGAGAAGCCUUAGAGAAGCUAUGCAUGCUCCUCGAGAUGCCGCUGCGCGUCAGCAAAUACGCGUGUGCUUGCCAGUUUCUCCCACAGCUCCGAGGCGUAGGCAGCUGACUUUGACAGUAUUUUUGCACUGUUUCUUACCUGUUUUUAUAAAGUCUUAUUUAGGUAAUGGUUCUCACUGCCCUUGUCGUUGCUGUAAAAUGUUUCAUACGUGCCUUUACAAAUGUGAGAUCUUUGUUCUAACCUGUUUUUGUAAAAGAUAAUCUAUUGAUUCCACAUGCAAUAAACCUUUUUUUCAGAGA